AUGACCAUAGUUUCUUGUGUUAUACUCUUGUUCAUGGUGGUGGUUGCACCCUAUUCAGAGGCAGCCGUUAGCUGCACACAAGUGCAGCGUAGCUUGAAACCAUGUUUCAACUACCUCCUCAGGGGUGGCGCCACCUCGUCUCAAUGUUGCACCGGUGUUAGAACUCUCUAUGCCUCAGCUGGGACCACCGCUGAUCGCCAAACCGUCUGCAACUGUUUGAAGCGAACUGCAAAAAUCAUUAAACGAAUCAAAUUAAGCAAUGCUACUGUGCUACCCAGAAAGUGUGGCGUCUCCAUUCCUUACAAGAUCAGCCCCUCCACUGACUGCUCUAAACUUAAGUGA